AUCCGACUUCACCGGAGCGGCCCGCUCCUCUGUAGAGCCGCCAGUCACGGAGACUUAGAAGGUUCUUGCUUGACAGAUGAAGAUCAAGUGUUGGACCUGAGAGCCAUUGGGUUACCAUUCCAUCCAGAUCGACUUGAAUGAACAGGUGAAAAGUACAGAAGGAAUCGGCUGUGAGGCAAUUCAGACUUUUUUAUUACCAACUUUGACUGCUUUUCAUUCUACAUAAGCAACUAUGUCUCCAGUAACUUCUAAAGCCCAGGAUCUCAGUGAGUCAUCAGACAGAUGCAUGACCGAAAAACAGCAAGAAGAAGCGGAAUGGGAAAACAUCAACUUGCUGCUGAUGACCCACGGGUUGAAAUCUUUGUCCCUAGUCAGAAGAACUGAUCUCAGAGAGCUUAUCGUUUUUGACAAGCAAUCAUCACAAAGGAUGAGAGAGAAUUUUAAAGCGCUGGUGGCAGACACAGCACGUCAAGAGAACAUGAUACGGGAGCUGAUAGAAGCGAAUCAGCAGCUUAAAAACGAGCUUCAGCUGGAACAGAGGCGAGCCGCAGAUCAGGAGCAGCGAGCUAAUGACUUGGAACACAUUAUGGAGAGUGUGAAAUCCAAAAUUGGUGAAUUGGAGGAUGAAUCCCUAAGUAGAGUUUGCCAGCAGCAGAAUCAAAUAAAAGAUCUUCAGAAAGACCACAUGGCUUUACAGACAAAAUGUCAGCACUACAAGAAAAAGCGAUUGGAGCUACAGGAAACGAUCGUUUCUUUACAAAAGAAUAUCUGUAGACUAACAAAGGAGGAAGAAGAGCGCGUUGUCUCUCAGAACAGAGUGUUUGCCUCUCUCUGUAAAAGAGUUCCUCAUAGUGUCUUGGAUAGACAACCGUGUAAAGAAGAUGAAAGCCAGUCAGAAGAAGAAAAGGACUACUCAAGUCUAGAUGCCUCCCCAAGCUACAAAGGCCUCCUAAUGACGUUGCAGAACCAGCUCCAGGAAUCUCAGUCCAAGAUUGAUGUGCUUUUAAGUGAAAAGCUGAACCUCCAGAAGGACUUGGAAGCCAGGCCCUCACAGCAUGAUUUGCGGCUUUAUAAACAGCAAGUGAAGAACCUAGAGAAAACCUUGAAGAAAAACAUCAAAUUUCAGGAGCUCAUCAGCCAGAAAAAGACUGAGGACCCAGAGAAGAAAGACGAGGAACCCAGCAAAGACAACCAGCAGCAGGCGCUAAAUGACCACCGAUACUUUCAGGUGCUGUGUAGCAUCAAUUCAAUUAUUAAUAACCCAAGAGCUCCAGUGAUACUUUAUAAGCAGAGCAAAGGAGGAGCCCACCAAUUUAAUAAAGAUUUUGUGCACGAUUGUGGGUUUGAGCAUCUUGUUCCCAUAAUUGAAAUGUGGGCAGAUCAGCUGACGUCCCUGAAGGAUUUGUAUAAGUCCUUGAAGGUCCUCUCUGCAGAACUGGUGCCUUGGCAUAAUUUAAAGAAGCAGGAGGAAAGUGAGGGCAUCAAAGUGGAAGAUCUUUUGUUUAUAGUGGAUACCAUGUUGGAAGAGGUUGAAAAUAAAGAAAAGGACAACAAUAUGCCAAACUUUCAAACUUUACAAGCUGUUGUGUCUCACUUCCAAAAAUUGUUUGAUGUGCCUUCUUUGAAUGGAGUCUAUCCUCGCAUGAAUGAGAUUUAUAUGAGGCUUGGAGAAAUGAACAACGCUGUGAGACACCUCCAAGAACUCUUAGAACUAGAUAGUUGUACUUCAGUGUAUGUGCUAGUGAACGCGGUUGGGAAAUUGUGCCGCCUGGUUAAUAAGGGUGUGAGUGAGCAGGUUAAACAGAUAUUGGGACCUGAAGACCUCCAAAGCAUUAUCAACAAAUUAGAAGAACACGAGCAGUUUUUCCCAGCAUUUCAGGCAUUCACAAAUGAGCUCCUUAAAAUCUUAGCAGUAUCUCGAAGUGCCUGGUUUCAGUGAAGUUCUGUCAUCAGUAAGGAUUUGGUGAACAUUAACGCGUGUUUACAAGCAGGGCGUGUUGGUGACAUCUUCGCAGAGUCCUACCGAACUUCCUCUUCUGAACUGCUUGCUUCAAAAAGCCAGCUCUCCCAUGUUUAAAUAAUAAAGUGAAGUAUGAUAUUUAACAUUGGGAAAAUGAAAUCAAUUUUGUAAAACACAACUAUUUUUUAAUUGUCUGAUGUCCUAUUUUAAGUCUCCAGAACUACAGAACACUCUACCGAAUACAAAUAUGAAGGAGACUGACUCUAGUGACCAUCUGAUUGUUGUACAUUUUCCCCCUUUAUCUUAUGUAAAGCGUCCAGCUGGCCGAGGAAAUAGCCCAGCCAGGGCCCUCCUCUGGGAGGUUCAUUCAUUGGACACGCUUCUUAUUUAGGGAGAAAACAGAUGUGCUGUCUGCGUGAUGGGGGGCCAGGGAGUAACCUGGUCUUGUUCUCCUAGCCACAACAUCAGGUGUGAAGGAAAGGCUCUGGUGCAGGCUUGCUUCUUUCGUUUGUUUCCUUUGGAAGUGUUCUCCAGUAAAGAAUUCUGAUGAACUAAAGGAAUCGUGUUUAGGCUAAAGGAAGAACCACCAACAUCCACCUAGACAAUGGAGGGGGGGGUGGAAUCCCAGGAAGCAUGUUUUUAUGUAAAAGAAAUGAGUUUGUGAAUAAUGUUCUAACACAGUGGUUCU